UGCUGAACCGCUACAGUCACUCAUUAGUUUAUCUCCCGACGGUGCAAAGAUCCCAGAUGCAGAUGGCAAAGAGUUGCUUCCACAUGAUGGUUCAACAAAAAACAAUGAAACAAACUAUGUUCCUUCAUUGCUUGACAGUGAACACUGUCCUCCAGACAUUGACCUUAACAAGGCCUCCAGCAGUUCUAGAAAAGGAAGCACUGACUUGAUAUCUAGCAGACUGCCAGAUUCACAAGUAGUUCCUGUUUCUCAGCAGAGGCCUCAGCCUUCAUUAGCUGCAUCUGGAGACAAUGCUACCAAGCAGGAAACUGUUGACGGUCCUACUUGUCCUGCACGGCACACUUUGCAGCUAUCUUCUCCAGAAUCUAAGGACGAAACAGCUCCCACAGUAGUGUCAGAAGGCCCUAUUAGUGAUUUGUGCUUGCAGGACAACCACAAAACUGAUCCAGCUACUUCUGUGCAACCUUCAAUAGGAAAUGAUGUCCUUUUGGCUGAGUCAGCAGAAGUGCCAGGCUGUGAUACAUCUGAACAGCCUGUCUUCCAGUCUCCCGGCCUUGCCAACAUUGCUGCUUCUCAGGAGCAACAGGUUUGCAUGCAACCUUCAACACAAGAUGCUGCUAAAGAUGCAGACGCAUUGUCAACAUCUCCGUCUGAAGCAUCGUCUGCAUUACCUGCAACGCCACCUGCUUCCCCACCAAAAGUACGGACACCUGAUCCUGCCAUGCUAUCCUACUCCCCACCACGGUCAUCAUCUGCUCCUCCUGGUGUAUUGCCUGCUUCUCCAGUCAGAGCCUCAUCUGCCUCAUCAUCUCCAGUGUCAUCUGCUUCAACGGGCCCAUCCACAGAUGUACCCGACGACACUUCACACUCCGAGGGUGUCCCUGCGGAUUCAGUCGGGGACGAGGCCACUGUGAUAAGUGAGGCCCGCUGCCUAGACGAAGAUCCCGUGGUUGGAUUUGACACAGCACCUGAUGUCACCGAUGAAGAGCUUGAUCGGCUGCUGCAGGAAGAAGAAGGCGAAGGCGAGCGGAAUUUCUUGCCACCGCUGACCGAGGAGGAGCAGAUGCUGGGCAAAGUGAAGCCCUUCUGGAUCCCCGACGAGGAGGCACCCGCGUGCAUGCUGUGUUUUGGGCGCUUCACUGUGCUCAAGCGCCGACAUCACUGCCGAGCCUGCGGAAAGGUGCUGUGUUCCUCGUGUUGCAACCAGAAGGCACCACUGCCCUGCCUGGAGAACCGGGAAGGUCGUGUUUGCCUUCCCUGCCUCACCAUUCUACAGAGGGUGGCUGCGGUCGAGCGGCUUGGCGGUCCAAGCCCAGCCAAUCCAGCGGCCUACUGCUCGCGGGGUCCACCCCCGCUGCACGGAGCAGCUCAGUCGCCACCCCUCACGGUCCUAGUUCCCGUGCUACGCCGGGGACCACGACCAGAUGGAGAGGCCCCCAAGCAGGUGAUGUUCUCAGAUGGAAUACGGCCUGGUGGUGACUUGUCGGAUGAAGUGAUGCCCUCUGCAAUGCCGGGCCCACCUCGGGAGCUCAGCUGCCCUGAUGGACCCGCAGAGGGCCUGCUUCAAGAGCGUAGGGUAGUCCUGUCAGAUAUUGAAGGCUCCCUACCACCAGUGGCACUCAGUGUGUCACAGCGAGAUCUGAAGCUCGAGAACGAGAAUGACCUGAUGAUUGUGCUCCAAGAUCCAAAUGUGGAGCCUGUGGCAUUUGCACUCACAAGAAACUUGCAUGUGCUGGUCAAGAUUGUCACAGUGGAGUGUGGCGGGAAGCGCCAGUGCUGGAACUUCUGCAGCCGCGGCCUCUGUACACUGGGCCUUGACGAGGUGGUGUUCCUGCUGGAGCGGGAGCCGGGGGAGUCACAGUUCCCACGGGAUGCCCUGCGGCUGUUCGCCACCCUGCAGGGCAUCGGUGCCACGGGGGGCCACCGACCGGUGGGUGUAGUUGCCCCCGGUGUGACGAUGACGACGGCGACUGCCGUGGGGCCGUUCCAGUGCCUGCCAUUUCCCGAGGGGGUGCUUGGCAGCAGCGACCAUGGUGGAUUCCUCCUGCUGCCUCACAUGGGACAGCGCUUGGGUGGACUUGUUCUUCCCCGUCCCCCAUGGCUGUGUGCCGUCCUGCUCCAACGGAUGGAAAUGCCCUGGGCUCGUCUGCUGCCUCUUCGCCUUCUGCUGAGGCUUGGAGCCGAAUUUGAAGUGUACCCAUACCCAAUGGUCAGCAUCCGUGGACGUCGCUCUGUCUAUGCUGAAAUUGGCCACACUAUUAUGACUGUUCUGUUGGAUUUCCGCAACUUCCAGUACCAGCUGGCCAGUCUGCCGGGGCUUCUGGUGCACUUGGAGGGGCGGCAGACGACGGUGCGGGUGCCCCGGAACCGCUAUGACGCCCUCGUGCGGGUCCUGGACGGCAACGAGCAUGUGCUUGCCCUGGCAGGGAACAUGAACCCCGAGGCUGAUGCCCACCUUGUCUGCGUGCAGGCUCCUGACGCAGGCACCUACCACUCUCAGGCACUCCAGGCACGUCCUGGAAGCCUCGUGGAAUGCACGGGGGCGUCAUUCGUGGUGUUCAGUGGCGCUCUCAAGGGUCCAGGGGAAGCCAAGCACAGCAUUGUCGAAGACGGUGUGCUGGUGCAGCUUUCGCCAGCCAGCAUGGGAAGUCUGCGGACAGCGCUGCGUGCCAUGCGUGACUGGCAUGUUCCAGCGGUUCCUGCGUCGCCUGGCGAAGACGCUGGCCACAUUGCCGUCAUCUGGACAGAGGAUGACCGGCCAAAGAAUAAAGGGGUGCAAAGCCCAAUAGACGGCCGCAGUCUGGAGGGCAUUACUGGUGUGCGCCUGCGUGUAUUCUCGGACUUCUGCGCUCGGGGCCUGUGCCUUCGGUGGACUGAGUUCUUUCUCCUUUCCUGUGACGGAGGACCAACGUGGGGCGGGUGCGAGGACCCCCAGCGUGCUGCUGAGGGGCUGGCUCGGGCCUUCUGCGAGGCGCUGCUGCCGCACCUGACCUUGCUGCAGCCCCUGUCUCCACUUGGCCUCCGUGCCCAGUUGGGCCCUGACCAAGUCGGCUAUGAAGCCGGCGCGCAGGGCCAACCGCUGCCAGUCGUCUGUCAGGAGCCACUGGACUGCGCAUUGGUGCCCUUGCUUACCGGGCCACAGGAGCCCAUGCACCUCGAGAUGCUCUUCCAUGUCAUCUACCAGUGAACGGAUUCAGAAUAUCGGCAGCAGCCCAGCCUCAUGAGAAAUGUGCGCUAACUACUGUAUAUUCAGCUCUGCUAGCAAGCCCGUCUAACGGACACUACAUCAACAGCACUUCUGAAUGACUGACUGACUUUGCUAGCCGCUUUGUGCGCUUUUUUAAGUGGCAACUCACAAUGAUGAGUGUUACAUGGCUUCCAGUCUGUCAGAUGCACCAUGUUUUCCCCUCGUCAAACGCGAAAUAUUGUGAAGAACCAACUGCCCAGAGAAAAGCUCUCCGACAAGUCCUGUGAACCGGCUUCACAUUUACUCCUCGAGUGGGAUCAAAACAGCUACACCUAUGAUACUUUUUCACCACUCACUUUUGUGCGAGAGGUUGUGCAUGCUCAUUUUCGUAAGCCUGGCCGUUUCUGUGAACUCUGUGGGGGCCUGGAGAGCUUGUCACCGAUGCCACUUUCUUCUUUUACCGACAGUGCAAUGUUGCUGCUUUUAUCCCCGCACAUUGAUUGCUACAAAGUUCUUAUUUUGAGAACGAAAGGGAUUGAGGACCUGCCACUGCAUAGUUAACAUUGUAGUCCUCCUAACACUCUUACGGCAUGUGAUGGUGUUACUAUCGCCUAAGCUUUUCUGAAAUGGACAAGCAGACACAAGCCUCCUAUGUUCUCGGCUUUGAGUUUAGUGCGCGCACUCUGCACUCUUUGUUGUGGAAGUCAACACCUGCGUCGAUCCCAGCUAGACCAUGACCACACCAUUCAAGCUUGCAAAAAGAACACAAUCAUUUUGGGACCUGUGCUUUUGCCAGCUGCAUCCAUAGUGAGAGCGUCAGUGCACUUCCUUUAUGUACGUGGAAGCUGUUAUAUCAAGAACUUAUUGCUUAUCAUAUUUUGCUUGAUUUGCUAAGUACUGAAGAUAAUUAUAUCACUUGUGUGGGGUAAUGCUCUUUUUACCAUCGUGGGUGGCCUAUUUCUUAGUUUCAAGAUGUUUUAAUUAAACUAUCAGCAAAUGCUGUGGUAGAUGGCUCAGUCGUAGACAAUCUGUUAUGCCUGCUGCUUCCCGGCAAUUUGACCACAUGUGCAUGCUUAUAUGCCAACUUCACUAGUUCUGCUCUCACUUAAGGUUUGGCACAUUCUUAUGGUGCUGAUGACGCAGACAUUGAUUCAAAAAUGUGCAGCUACGCUUUGUAGUUGCUUGAGUAACGAUUUCAUGGGUAAUAGGUGCAACAAAAGCCACGGAUCAGCUUCUUGUAUGGUCUACGAAGAUGCAGAUUAUAACACACCGUGGUUCAGUAGUGAGCUUACAUGUAGCAACCUUGGCAGGAAACAGGGGUUGUGCAUUUGUUUGUGGAGUCUGAACGCAUUGGUUACACAGCAUAGUCUUGUGCCGUUACACAUGCUGGCCAGCCGUCGCUCACUGAUAUAUUGUAGCCAAGAACAGACAGCCGGCGACACCUUCUCUGAUGUGAUCAGCACUGAGCUCUGCUAACCCGAGUGGUCAUGCCUAAUUAAGGAUUACUGCAUUUACUUGCCGACAGAAUUAUUGACCAUUGUUCUGGGUUGCUUUCGGUUUUCAGUGGGUAGUAGUUUUCUUUAUACAUUUCAGACCGCUUGUAACAUAACUGCGUGUAGUGGAAAUCUAGAUAUACAAAGCAGUGCUUCUUGAUACUGGUUUUUCUACCAUAAUGUUAAAGUCAUACACUCUGCACCUGUAAUGCAGUCACCUGAUGUAGAAUAUCUGCAAUAGAAGCUGAACGACUUUGUACACAAGUUAAGCAGUGGGAACUUUCGUGGCAAGAGUGCUGAAAAUUUCCGAACAUCCUGUUUGGAUGUUAUGAUGGUGGGGUAUUCCUGGCCACUUCGGCUGCAUUUCACAUGUGUACAAACACUGUGCGUGUGUGCUUUUGUUAUAGUGCAGAUUUUCGUGAUUCUGGUGCCCUAUAUUGUAUAGCUGAUUUGCACCGUAUAGAAUCCAAACUUCCCUUGGUAUGAAGCGGGGCUGUGCAGCACGAUACUCUGAGGCAGUACAGGAAAUAUAGGGAGGAAUCUGAAACCUAACUGUCCUUUAUGAGCUGCAUUGACCAGCUGUGUUGUCUCACUAAAGGCAACUGCUUUAUUUUAUACGUACUUUAAGUUCUUUUACAACAAGAAACAAUAACUGUCCCACUUAGGCAGCCUCAGUGUUGGCAUGAUUUCACGUGCCUGCAUAUGCACUAGCAUGCGAAGCAGAAGGUCAGCAUUUAACGGAUGUGUGUCACUGCUAACCUUCUCUUUGGAAAUUAUAUGGUGCCUGAAUUGCACCAGGCAGUUCCUUGCGCGAUGCAAACAGAUAGUAGGUUGAAUCAGAGUGGUGGAAAGCAAGCAUGGGAACAGCUAUGAUGCAGGUUUGCUUGUGGCAGCUCAUAUUAGAAAGCAGUCUACAUGCAUUCUGCUUUUAUAGGGCACCUCCUCACAGCUUAAAGGGACACGAAAGAGAAACACUGUAUCAGUUCAGAAUGAUAAGUAUUCUUUCAAAACUUUGUUGUCCAUUAGUUUUGUUUUAAAAGGUCAGUUAGCAAAAUAAAGAAUUAAGGCAAAACUUCCAUUUAUUGAAUCUUUGCGCUGAAAACCCAGCGCUAGUACUUGGAGUGCAGCAUUAAGGCUUUCAGAGCAUUUUCUCGAGUUAGGGUUGUAGUAGAUAGUAAAGGUUCUGAAAAUUGCCAAGUUUAAUCUUUGCCUCCUUAAAAAAUACAGUGUAGUCAAUCUACAGUGUAGUUCGAGUACAGUGUAGUCAGGAAAAAAAUAGUUAACUUUUACAAGCAGGUGCCGUUCAAAUGUGAUGUCACAGUGAGCUGGUGCACGAACUUAUGGGGCAUCCUGUCACCUUUACGUUGUUCUCAUUUUGCUCAUUGUCACGAUAAGAGUGGCUUUCUUUAGUAUUGUGAAAAGUAGUGUAAUAAUGCAGCUAAAUUCAUUUUUAUCUUUGAUGUCCGUACUGCACCAAAGCAACAAGUUUUAUUUUGCAUGGCUUCCAUGAUCAAGGCACAUUAUUACCUCUGUGGCAUGCAAUAUGAUCUCGGAGGCUGCAGUUUUGGCUCACUGGAGUCAUUGCUGCAUGUUUUACCAGAGAGGAAGUGGAACCUUUCGUUCACAACCUAAAAUGCACUGCAACAGCUUAAUUCACUUUGUUCUACAAAAUUUUAGUUUCUGGACGAACUGACUUAGAAACAGCUGUUAGCAUUUGCACACCAAACCAACAAUGUGCGCAAACAAGUGUCAGAAAUACCUGAGAAGCCAAUCACGGACAGUGUAGGGAAGUCAUGUAUGAAUGCUCCUUUUACUAUUGCGCAUGCAGUUAGAGCCCCGAUUGAAACUAGCACUUAAUGCAGUACAGUGCCUGUGCUAAGAAUAGUUAAUGUAAUUCAAGAAUGCUUAAUGUAAUACCAAGUACAUUCGGUGGCACAUUUGCUGACAAGUCUGAAUUUACUUUUGUUUUUCAAAACCUUUUGCACCUAUUUGCAUCACUGUUUUCAUAUCUGUGAUAUAUGUACCAGCUCUCUUCAGCUUAUUUCAAUCUGCGAUUUAAGGUAGAGCUUGACAUUGUCCCACCGCACUCAAGUGAGCUCUGCAAGUCAAAAUCCCAAUCUCGACCCGUAAGAGUGAAAGGGGUGAAAUCUAUGUUUUCAGCCCCCUUUAUUAAAUCAUAACGGUCUUAAAUAAAUAAAGCUCAAUUUGUGUGCUGCACAUUAUUUGAAUACGGGAAAGCUAAGACUAACGUUGGCCUUGCUGAGCUUCGCAUCAGGACUGACUCGCCAACUCAAACAUGUACGAUGAGGCAUUUAGCAUUGCGCUUUAAAUUUUGUGGUUGGGCAGGCUUGUGCAAGACUGUUUAUUGUGCAUCUGACUGAGCUUAACCUCAUUGCUGUACACCGGUAAUACACAGGUAACGCAAACGUGACGAUGCCACACUCUGAGAGCUGCAGCUCUUAUGUCACCGACUCGCAAUGGUUGCUGCUGGCGUAGCAGUGUUAAUGGAGCUUUUGACGUAUUACUAUAGUACUUGGAUUUGUAACCAGUGACCAUUUGUGCUACUCCAGACCAGGUUAUAAGCGUAAAAAGGAGUCCUGAUGUAAUGUUCUCGAGUUGUCAUUCUUUUUGUUUAACUAUAGCCGGAGCCCUUUAAACCUUAUAAAAGAUGCUUGCAACCAUCGGAGUGCACCAAGCACAUGAUUUACUAUAAUGAAUUUUCUUACGAACCAGUUUUGGCUUCGUUUCUCGGAGGAGGAUGUGUCAUGUCGUUGCGAUACAUUUUGCUGGCUCCGCACCACAUGGCUGCCACGUGCAAGCCCAGCCAGAAAAAGAACAUUCGUUUGUUUACUUUAUCAUGACCAAUGUUGUCAUAUCUAGCUCUUUUUCUACAUGGUGUUGGCAGGCCAUGCUCUGUGUCGUGGUGUAGUGAUAGUCAAGGACACCAGGUUUGGUAUUUCAAGACUAAGUUUAGUAUUAAAGUAUGUUAUCAUUGUUUCGCGACCUUCAAACUUGCUGAGCAUUGUUGUUUUACAUGCCAGAAGUGUGGAGGAAAACUUCUUCAACCUCGAAAAUAUGUAGGCACUCCUUUAUUUUAACAUCUGUGUUGACUAAAAGGUCGGAACUGCCUUUAGACAUGUGUGGCCUGCUAAUGGGUGUUCCUUCAACUAAAGUCUCACUACUCUUUGACAUGAUUCAGCUGAUGUGUGUUAGUGUUUGUGUGCCUAGGUAGCACGCAAGGCUGUUCCACAAACGUGAAUUGUUGCCAGGAAGCCAUUGAACAACCUCGAUGUUAAGGUUGCUGUACAAGUUCAAUUUAUUCUAGGCAUGUUUGUUUGUCGUGAAAAUGAUUGUGUGAGCUGCUUGUACAGUGUCUGACAUUUGCACACUGUGUAAUUUGCCACUUUAACUUCGAUGCAGGGUCAACUGGAGCCCAAUCAAUUUGCAAUUGUUCUACUUGGAGCUUACAUACUAUUUUCGGCAUCUUAAACGGAAUGGGCGUACGAGAGGUGUGUGCAAUAUCGUUUGCAAGUGUUCUUGCUGUGAUGGACAGAGUAACAUUGUACAACAUGCAUCUUUAACUGUUUGUAACUACUUUUGCAAGAAUGCAUUUUCUCUUUUCAUUAAAGAAAAAUUUAUAAUGGCCAGCUGAAUUUAGUUGUUACAGAGCUUCAUGUAGAUAAGAAUGCAUGCUCAGCCAAGUGUGAAAGGUUGUGGUAUGUCCAGGCAUUUGUGUGACUGUUUUAGGUUUAAUAAUAAAAAAUAUAGGUGAUGUAAAAGAAUUGCUGUCCAUGCUUCUAUUUGAAUUGGUGGCUAGUUAGUGUUAUGGUUACCGACAUUUCUAUUUCCUCAGUUGUGUGCCUUGGUUACUUCUUGGAAAGUGCGAAUGGUCGGUGCCUCAUUGAGGAGGAUGCCCUGUUUAGCACUUUGCAUAAGUCAUCACAAUGACUGUGUGACCGUAUGUUGCUGUUUGACCAGCUGCCUUUGAAAGGUAUGGGCGCUUGGCCUAUGGACUGGACCAUCUGUGCCAGCAUGUCACUUGCAUGAGUCAUGACAACAUGGACAUUGGUAGCUGUGCCAUGAUUGCCUCUUGUGAGAGAAAUCUGCAACAUAUUCAGUGCAAUUCAAGAUGGUGUCACGUGGUUUCAAGACCGCAAUAAAUAAGUUGCUUUUACUGUUA